GGCUUCCGCAUUCGUCGAGGCACGUUCCGGUGACGUAUGUCCUCUUAGGUGAAACUUCCGGUUCCGUCGCUCUCUUCCCCGUCGCCCAGCCCUCGACAUGGCACCGAUCAUCAAGCCCAAGAAGCAUCUCUUCCUGAAGAAGUCCAAAAAAGGAGCUUCCUGGAAGUUUACGUUGGACCUCACCCACCCGGUGGAAGACGGCAUCCUGGACUCGGCCAACUUUGAGACCUUCCUCAAAGAGAGGAUCAAGGUCAACGGGAAGACCGGUAACCUUGGCACCGCCGUCCAGGUCGGCCGCAUGAAGAACAAGAUCAACGUCGCGUCGGACAAGCAGUUCUCCAAGAGAUACCUGAAGUACCUCACCAAGAAGUACCUGAAGAAGAACAACCUGCGUGAUUGGCUGAGGGUGGUGGCGUCGGACAAGGAGACGUACGAGCUGCGCUACUUCCAGAUCAGCCAGGAGGACGACGAGUCGGAGGCUGACGAGUAGGGCCCCGUCCCUGGGUGGCUUCAGCCCCUGUGGGGCCCCCAUCCGUCCAGCCAGGUCUCACACCACCUGCUGACCACAGAGACUGACGGUGUUCUGGAGGGAGGCUUGGGAACGGCGGUUCUGGGGGUCGAAGUGAACUUUAUUCCCCCAAAUAAAGGCCGGAAAAAAACC